AAACAAAAUAUUAUCUUACAGAUUAUUUCGUGAUACGGGAAAAAAAUCCUUGCUGGCCAUCAGUUGUAGAUCAUGGACUACAUUCCAUUAACAGAGCGUGGAGACGAACUGCAACGCGACGAAGAACAAACAGAACCAAAACUUCACUUUAUCGGGAAAUCAUAUGUUUGUCACAAAGGAGGAUUCAAACACGAACACUUGAGUAAGGCUGAUUAUUUUAGUUGCAACGGGGAGGACAUGAAAACAAAGCAAAAAGAAGAGCAUGAAAAGAACUUGAAAGACAAGGAUUUACAAAUAGCAGCUGAAAAAACAAAAGAGGAAGAAACAAGAGCGAAAGCUGAAAGAGAUCUGGAAGAGCAACGCAGAAAAGAAGAACAGGAUGAAAGAGAAAAAGAGCUUCAAGAUCGUAGGGAACAAUGCGAAAGGUAGGAAACCUAUACGACAAGGUACAAAUUAUAUCAUAAAUGCUAAAAAAACUAAAUUAUUGCUUACGAACAGAAAAUCUUACAUUUGUUGACACGUUGACAAAACGGAAAAGUAUGAAAUGACAAGUUGUUGCAGAUAAAAUUAACAAAAUGCAUCACAAAAUUUCAAAAUUGAUCCCU